AUGAAACCCAAACUUUUCUUCUUGCCAUUUCUCGUUUUUAUUACGGUUUUUAUAGAGUCAGAAGCAGUUCAUCCAGUGGUUCUGGAAACAAAACUUGGAGAUAUUCGAGGAAAUGAAUUCUUCUUUUUAUCGAAAAAAAUCAGAACAUUCUUUGGUGUCCCAUUUGCCGAACCUCCAGUUGAAGAGUUCCGUUUCCGCAAACCACGAGAAAAGAAGCAAUGGAAGAAAGUAUUCGAUGCGACGAAACCUGCGAACGCCUGUUUUCAAACAAGAGAUAACUACAAUACAAGUUUCUGGGGGAGUGAGAUGUGGAAUGCGAAUACUCAAAUCAGUGAAGAUUGUCUUUAUUUGAAUAUUUGGGCGCCAGCUGAUGCGUAUAAUUUGACAGUAAUGGUCUGGUUCUUUGGCGGUGGAUUCUAUUCAGGAAGCCCGUCUUUAAGCAUUUAUGACGGAAGAGCGCUCACUUCCACCCAAAACGUGAUUGUUGUGAAUAUCAAUUACCGUCUCGGCCCAUUCGGAUUCCUUUAUCUAGACCACCCAGAUACUCCAGGAAAUAUGGGACUCUUGGACCAGCAAUUGGCGCUUCAUUGGAUUCGUCAAAAUAUUGUGUCGUUUGGCGGAAAUCCGGACAAGGUCUCCGUUUUUGGGCAGUCAGCUGGAGCAGCCUCGAUCGUCGCUCAUCUGAUUGCUCCGGGUUCCCGAGGACUCUUCAAGAACGCUAUUCUUCAAUCGGGAAGUCUCGAGAACACCUGGGCCAUUAACUCUCCAUUUCGAGCGAAACAGAAAUCAGAGAAACUUUUGGAAUUGGUUGGAUGUAACAAGACUACGGUCGAAAAUUCGAUGACAUGUCUCCGUUUGAUUUCUCCCGAACAAUUGAGUCUGAGCACAUGGAAUAUCUCGUUGACCUAUCUCGAAUUUCCGUUCGUCAUUGUCUCCAGAGACAACCACUUCUUUGGUCAUUUAGACGCGCGUGCGGCGUUGCGUGAAGGCGAUUUCAAUAGGGAUGUGAACUUGAUGAUUGGGAUGAACAAGGACGAAGGCAACUAUUGGAAUAUCUACCAGUUGCCACAAUUCUUCGAUAAAGCUGAGCCUCCCGAAUUGACCAGACAUCAAUUCGAUUCACUAAUUGACUCGACCUUCUCAAUUCAACCUGACAUCAUUCGUUCCGCUGCCAAAUAUAUUUAUUCUGAUCCGAAUUGCACAGAUCACGGCCGGAAGACUCGAUUCUAUGCAGGACAAAUGAAUCAAAUAGUUGGAGAUUAUUUCUUUUCUUGUGACUCACUUUGGCUCGCUGAUCAGAUUUUCUUUUUCGUCUCUAUCUCUCUCCUCUAUUCCAGAUUCGUUCAACUCACAGAAGUUCGACUAGGAAACCUCCGAAUGUUUUUGUUUAUUAUUUCACACAAUCUUCCAGUGCGAACCCCUGGCCAAAAUGGACUGGAGCAAUGCAUGGAUACGAAAUUGAAUAUGUUUUUGGAGUUCCGUUGA